CGAGGCCAGUCAGAUUACCUCACAUAACGUUACUCGAAAGUCGUACGUGUGUAUAAUAAGCAACACCAAAUCUUUAUUGCUCUCGGAUUAUCAUUUAUUCGCGCAAUGAAAGCACAAUAAUAAUUAACUUUAACUGCAGCCCAUCUGACUUCGAUAAAAUCUGUGGAACUCUGUAAUUCGCGUUAGUUGUGUUAUAUUGAGAGGACAAGCGGUAAAUAGAUUGGUGUCGUGUGUGAUUUUUUUGUGUGUUUCGAUUUGGUAGUUCCGAUUUCGGUGAAGUAAUCUUGAAUCGAGAAUCGAACGAACAGUGAUUCGCAGGCGGCCUGUCGUCUGAGAGAGCCGUGAAACUGGUUACUGGGUUACUCCUCAGGCGAUUGUUUGACGAUACAAAUUCACAAUGGCCCACCAUCAACAUCACAACUUCGAAGUAGACGGAGUGGACGAUGACGAGGUGCCGAGAAACAAAUGCAGGACAUGUUUGAAACAGAAUACACUGACAAUAGCCACUGUUGUGGGUGUGAUCAUGGGUGCCAUAUUAGGAAUAAUUCUGAAAUCAACGAAAGACAAAUGGUCAGAACGAGAAAUCAUGUACAUAGGAUAUUUGGGCGAAGUAUUUCUCCGGAUGCUGAAAGCUUUAAUACUACCACUCAUAAUAUCGUCUUUAGUAUCAGCAAUCGCCAGCUUGGAUUUAUCGCUUUCCAGGAAAAUAGCAUUCAGAGCUAUAGCAUACUAUCUGACGACUACUUUCGCCGCCGUAGUGUUAGGGAUCAUCAUGGUGGUUGCAAUAAGACCGGGUGUAGGUCACACAGAGAUGGCCACCAAACAAAGCGAAGACACUAGGAAUGUUACGACGGUGGACACACUUCUAGAUUUAGUGAGAAACAUGUUUCCACCAAAUGUAAUGGAGGCUUGUAUAUUCCAGACCCGCACAGACUUGACAUCACCGUCUCCAAAUGUGACAGACGUAUACAAAUACAAUAUCAGCUUCGAAACAGUACAGAACACCAACAUUCUAGGCCUUGUAGUGGUUGCUGCAGCGCUAGGUAUAGCAAUCGCCCAAUUAGGCGAAGAAGCCCGUACAAUGGCAAACUUUUUCCACAACCUGAUGUCAGUCAGCAUGAAGAUUACAUCGUGGGUGAUCUUCCUAUCACCAGUAGGAAUAUUUUUCCUUGUGGCGGCCCAGGUAUUACAGAUGGACGACAUAGGAAGUGUCAUGAGCAGGCUAGGAUUCUAUUUCGGCACUGUAUGUCUUGGAUUAGCGGUCCAAGGAUUCAUCGUGUUACCGCUGCUAUAUGUGGCACUUACUAGGAAAAAUCCAUUCACGUUUAUUUCAAAUAUGGGGGAAGCCAUCGCUACAGCAUUUGGAACUGCUUCAAGUUCAGCUACGUUACCGCUAACCAUCCGAUGCCUCGAAGACAAAAACGGCGUCGACCGUCGCGUAGCCCGUUUCGCCCUCCCAAUUGGUUCCACGAUCAACAUGGACGGCACGGCCCUUUACGAGGCUGUGGCCGCCAUCUUCAUAGCCCAAGUGAACAACGUGCCCUUGGACAUCGGCACCCUCAUAGCCAUCAGUAUCACAGCUACGGCCGCCAGCAUAGGAGCUGCUGGUAUACCCCAAGCAGGUGUCGUUACCAUGGUCAUGGUUCUGGAGACCGUCGGACUGCCCGCCAAAGAGGUCGGACUCAUCCUUGCCGUUGAUUGGCUGCUUGACCGUUUUAGAACAGCUAUCAACGUCAUGGGUGACGCGUUUGGUGCCGGAAUUGUUUACCACAGAAGUUUGAAAGAACUUGGCUUAUUAGAACAAUCAUCGGAAGAAGAAAAAUUCCAAGUGGACAAGAAUAAUCAUAUUGACGAAACUGCCCAAUGA